UGUAACCUUUAUUCCAUCACGGAUCAAACUACUGGUGCAAAUAUAUGAUGAUUGAGUUCAUUAUACUUCAACUCCAACAUUCUAGCUAACCACUCUUUCUUUCUUUCUUUGGUUUCACUAUGGUCACUGCAACUUCUCCUAAGUUUCCAAAGGAAGUUCCGGCAGAUGAUCAAUGGAAAGAUGGACCUCCUCGCGAAGCGAAAUGGUGGUACUCAACUUUCCAUACUGUCACAGCCAUGGUUGGUGCUGGAGUUCUUAGCUUGCCUUAUGCCAUGGCCUACUUAGGAUGGGGACCAGGGGCCAUGUUUAUAGUAUUAUCAUGGUGCAUCACCUUGUAUACAAUGUGGCAGAUGAUCCAGCUGCAUGAAUGUGUCCCCGGGGUCCGAUUUGAUCGAUAUUACAGUCUCAGCCAGUAUGCAUUUGGGCCAAAGCUAGGGCCAUGGAUUGUGCUUCCUCAGCAACUUAUAGUUCAGGUGGGAUGUAACAUAGUGUACAUGGUCACUGGUGGCAAGUGCCUCAAGAAAUUCUUCGAAAUCACCUGCACGGAUUGCACAAGGCUCAGACAGUCCUACUGGAUUUGCAUCUUUGGAUCCAUCCAUUUUGUUCUCUCACAGCUUCCUGAUUUUAACUCUGUUGCUGCUGUUUCACUGGCAGCCGCCAUCAUGUCUCUCAGCUAUUCGACUAUAGCAUGGGUAGGAAGCAUAGCUCAUGGCCGUGUCGAAAACGUGAGCUACGCAUACAAAAGCACCAGUGGAGCUGAUUCGGUUUUCAGGGUCUUCAACGCAUUAGGCCAGAUCGCAUUUGCCUUUGCAGGCCAUGCCGUGACACUGGAGAUUCAGGCCACAAUUCCAUCUACUCCAGAGAAGCCCUCAAGAAUUCCUAUGUUUAAAGGCGCGCUUGCUGCCUAUUUUGUAAAUGCAAUUUGUUAUGCCCCGGUUGCUUUUAUUGGAUACUGGGCAUUCGGCCAAGAUGUCGAAGACAAUGUCAUCGUUGGACUUCAUAAGCCGGCCUGGCUCAUUGCUGCUGCUAACUUGAUGGUGGUCAUCCAUGUCAUUGGAAGCUACCAAGUUUUCGCGAUGCCAGUGUUCGACUUGGCAGAGAGAGGCAUGACCAAGAAGUUCAAUGUUCCGCCAGGAAUCUUACUCAGACUCGUCGUUCGUUCUGCUUAUGUUGCCAUGACUUUGUUCAUUGGUGUCACUUUCCCAUUCUUUGGGGAUCUUCUUGGGUUUUUCGGGGGAUUUGGCUUUGCUCCCACAUCUUACUUCCUUCCAUGCAUUAUAUGGCUGACAAUCAAGAAACCUAAGAGAUUCAGUGCAUCCUGGCUCAUCAAUUGGGCAUGCAUAAUCAUAGGAGUGUUCGUGAUGAUUGCAUCGACGAUUGGCGGCCUAAGGAACAUCAUUGCAGACUCAUCCACCUACGAGUUCUACUCAUGAUUCAGUGAUUAUCUUGAUGCAUUCAUGUGUACUAGUAACAAGUCUACAUGUUACAUCAACUAAGGAACAUUAUUAUUAUGAUUUAACACCAUAGUAAGUGAGUGUGGAGGACAUAAUGUUCUUCUACAUAAGACUAGUCAGUUGCUUCACUUUAUUCUCACCACACUAUCACUUUCAGAAAGUAGGUGUUUUGUUGUAAAGCUUUCGCUUUGAUUUCACUUCAAGUGUUAGUUGUGUUGUGUUGUGCAUCAGGCUGAGGAACUGAGGAUGUUUUUUCUGGUUUACGCAAGCCAUGAUGCAACCGUGAUGAUAAUUAUGUAAACGAUUUGAAUUUAGUUUGCUCGAUUAUUUUUGGGAUACCUAGCAUUUUAUUUUGUCAA